AUGGAAAGAUUCAAGCUAAUAAUCGAAGGCCUUCGCGACGAGGUUGCCAAAGCCAAUACCAGGAUCGAAGAACUACUAGUGGAAAGACGGCAAUACCUGAUUGAAUUCCGGGCAAAGGAGGAAAAAAUUGUUUCUCUGGAAAAUAAGAUCAAGGAACUCGAAGCUGGGACACCCGAGUCUAAAACCAAUGGCUAG